AUGCGCUUUGUCGGCAAUAUUAUGAGGUCGCAAGAAUGGUCUAUUCCGCUGAAAGAUCAUGCCGAAGCCUCCUUCUUGAAAGCACCGUCAACAGAUCCCAUUCUAGUCCAGUGCCGACUCUUAUAUUCUAUACCUUUGUUCUGGUACGAACAUAACAUUGACGCUAAACGGCAGAUGGAAACUGCAAUGCGGCUCGCCAUUGACUUGAGAAUGUCUGAUUAUGAAUUCUUGCUAAAGCAUGGCGGCAACGAUUCGGUAGUACAGGAAAGCUGGAGACGGACAUGGUGGAUGUUAUUCACCGUAGAUGCCUAUUAUGCGGGGACUUUGGGAACUAUGAACUUUGAAGUUUUGAACAUCGGAACUUCGGUGGCAUUACCUUGUGACGAAUCGGACUAUGAAUUAGGGCUUACCCAGGCACAGGAGAUCCCCGAGCCCAAAACUCUACGAGAUUUCGACUGUCGUGAAUUCACCUCGGAUGAUAUCACCUUCUCAUCCUUUGCCUAUCUUAUCGGUGCUGUACGAUGCAUAGCCUCGGCAAUAUCCACAGUCCCAAAGAUCGCUGGGAAUGAGGGUUCAACGAACGUGAUACAGUCUGCCGACUCCAUAUUGAAAGGAUGGUUGCUUCUGUUGCCGGAGAAUCGCAAGCAAGUCAUGGAUAAGGCAGGAGAAAUUGAUGAGCUCAUGUUUCAAGCGCACAUGCUUAUUCAUGUAGCCACCGUUGUCUUGCACCGGCCAUUGUCAGAUCUCAAAUAUUAUUCUGUUGAAGAAGUUUCGAGUUGCGGCCGAAAUCCAAACCUUGAUAUGCCCACCCCGGACCUGAUCAAUGUGCACACUGUGCGUGUGCUACGCGCAGUGGAGGCACAGGUUCAGCUUAUAGCCUUACCUGCUGAAAGAUUCCACCACACCCCCUUUGUCACCUGCAUGAUUAGUAAGGGGACUUUGGCUCUGCUUUCGGCUUGCAAAUCUUGCCUUGGUGGGAAAGACUUGAUGAUUGCAAGAGACCAAAUCCGAAUGACCAUCGGCUGUCUCAAGGCACUGGGAAAAGUGUGGCCACGGACAGCACGAAAUGUGAGGGAAAUCCAGGCGAUUGCUUCCCACGUCCUUGGAAUUGAGUCUAGGGCAGGGAUCGAGUGUCAGAGGAAUAAUCCCAGUGAAGUGCCAGGUGCUUCGGGUGGCGAAGAGCAGGGAAUCUGGGAGACGGAAGCAGAAGCAAUUAGCACCGGUAUUGAUACAUUACCUUCCUUGGGCUCUAUUGAGGAUCUCUGUGGAUGGUUCAGUGGUCAGAUUACCGACUCUAACAAUCUGUCGGCAUGGCUGAUUGGCCCUGAUAUGUGA